CGAGGAGGGCGGGGUACGAGGUGCUCGCUCGCGCUGAGGUUGGAGCUGCCGCUGCCGCCGCCAUUUUGGUUUCGCUGCUUCGGCUCUCUGAGAAGGGGCUGAAGCGGCGGCGGGCUGGUCCGGGUCCCGCCCUGGCACCGUCCGUGAGGGCGGCCGGGAGGAUGCGGCGCGGAGGAACCCGGCCCCGGCCUUGGCCGUAUUGUCGCUGACAUGUGUAAAAGAUGUUGUUGCAAGUUGUAGAAGAGACUUUUCUGUGGAACAUACCUCUGUAAACCUUCCCUAAAAUCCUCUGAAGGCAUAUACUGCACCUGUGAUGGACCCUCAGAAUACUGCUAUGUUAGGGUUGGGUUCUGAUUCCGAAGGUUUUUCUGGGAAAAGCCCCUCUGCAGUCAAUACUGACAUAGUGAUAGGCAAGAGAGAAGUAGAUCUAGAGAGUAGCACCAAGGAGGAAGAAGAUAUUAAGAAGAAGAACUGGGAGGGGAGCAACACUGAGCCUGGGAAGAAUGAGGGUCUGACUGAUGCACAGCAACAGUUUUCAGUGAAAGAAACAAAUUUUUCAGAAGGAAAUUUAAAAUUGAAAAUUGGUCUUCAAGCUAAGAGAACUAAAAAGCCCCCUAAGAACCUGGAGAAUUAUGUGUGCCGGCCUGCCAUAAAAACCACUAUCAAGCAACCUAGAAAGGCAUCAAAGAGUGGGACAAUGACAGAUGAGAAGAAUGAACAUUGUCCUUCAAAACAAGACCCUUCAAAGUUUUGCAAGAAAGCUGAAGAAAUUGCAACAGUUGAAUUCCGUGCUGAGGAAGACAUACAAGGAGAAACAAGUCCUGUAUCUAAGAAGCUUUCUCCACUACCCACUGAAAUGACAGAUUAUGUAAUGUCAGCUCCUUCUACUCCUGUUGGUAGCCGUGAUCCUGACUUGAAGGAUAGAGCACAAAUUAAUGGAGCAACAACUGUAACAGAAAAAUUGGCUCAACUUAUUGCAAUUUGUCCCCCCUCAAAGUCUUCCAAAACAAAGCAGAAGAAGCCAGGAACUGGAACUGCAUCUGGGUUGGUUAAAAACUCUGGGAAGAAGCUACCAGGAACUGGAACUGCAGCUGGACUGGUUAACAAGGACUUAGUAAAGAAAUUGCCGGGAACUAGCAUUGUUGCUGGCUUGGUUAACAAGGACUCAGGGAAGAAGCCUCUGGGGACUGGCACUGCAGCCAUAUUGGUUAACAAAGACUCUGGGAAGAAGUCACCAGGGAUUGGUUCUUUAGCUGGAGUGAUUAACAAGGACUCUGGAAAGAGGCCACCAGGGAUUGGCACUCCAUCUGGAUUAAUUAACAAGGACUCUGGGAAGAAGCAGCCAGUGACUAACUCUGUGGCUGGAUUAGUUAAUAAGGACUCUGGGAAGAAACCACCAGGGAUUGGCACCCCACCAGGAUUGGUUAACAAGGAGCUGGUGAAGAAGUCAUUGGGGAUUGGCACCCCAGUGGGAUUGGUUAACAAGGAGUCGGGGAAGAAGCUGCUGGGGAUUGGUACCCCAACGGGAUUGGUAAACAAGGAGUCGGGGAAGAAGCUGCUGGGGAUUAGCACCACAGCAGGAUUGAUUAACAAAGACUCUGGGAAGAAGCUGCUAGGGAUUGGCACCCCAGUGGGACUGGUUAACAAAGACUCUGGGAAGAAACUGCUGGGAAUUGGCACUUCAGCAGGAUUGAUUAACAAGGACUCUGGAAGUCUGAAAGCUGAUUCUCUCUGUCCUGCCUCAGAGCCCUUCAAGCUUUCUUGCAGUACAAACCUCAAUAUUCUUGAAAGCCAUGAGACUACAGAAUUAUUGAAAGAUAAUAUCAGCAGUAAAACUUUUGAGAAACAUAUUAUAAGACAGAAUAAAGACAAUAUCUUGGAAAAGAUUUCAGUUCGAAAAGAGGUUGCUGGUAUAGACAAAGAAAUAUUUAAUGAAGGAACCUGUAUUCAACAGGACAGUUUCCCAUGCAAUGAAAAGAGGACUUAUGAAACAUCUAAGCAUGAAAAGCAGCUUCCAGUGUAUUGCACUUCACCAGACUUCAGGACAGGAGGAGCUUCAGAUGUAUCUACAGCGAAGUCCCCAUUUAGUGCUGUCGGAGAGGGAAACCUCCCAUCACCCUCACCUACAGUGUCUAUUACUACCUUAAACAGGAGCCCCACAGCAACCUCCUCUCAGUUAGCUUCAAAUCCAUCACAUAUAAGUACCACCACAGCAGAUCUCUUAGAAGGAAUUUCUGAGCAGAUUGGGAAGACUCAGUUUUCUUCCGACAGUACACUUCUGAACCUGACUAGAUCAUCGAAUCACAGUUUGAGCACUGAUUUUAAAGCUGUGGAUAAAGAAUUAAAUGAUUCAAAAGCCACACACACAGACACCACAAGAACUAAUCCUUCCAUAGGGAAAAAAAACAGUCUGGCAACUGAAUCAAAUGUUCAUGCUACCAUCACCUCUUCAGUGGUUAGCUUCACAAGUUUGUUUAAUACCAAACAGUUUCUAAAGAUUGGUGCAAUAACUGCAUCAGGGAAACCUUGCCAAGGAGCUGAGGACCUGAGUGCUACUCAGUCAAAAUCUUUAAAGAAAAGAAAAGGAAGGAAACCACGAUGGACUAAAGUGGUGUCUAGAAACAUAUGUCGGCCUCCAAAAGGUCUAGAAUUAGAAAGGUCAGAGCUUUUUAAAAACAUUUCAUGCACUGCACUAUCAAACAGUAGUCUGGAGCAGGCUAAGUUUUUGAAAAAUAUAGGGUCAACUUCAUUUAUAGAGCAUGAAUUUGUCAAACAUCAGUUGCCAAAACUGAGCAAAUCUAACAGCGGACAGUCUCUUGCUCUGUUAACUGAAGCUGACAAACAGACUCAAAAAUUCUAUAGUACUCACAAACAGCCCUCCAGAGUGUGUGUGUCAGGUGACAUCUUACCAGAAAUUUAUAAGCCCAAAAGAGGAAGGCCUAAAUCAAAGGAGAUGCCCCAGCUGGAAGGUCCCCCAAAGAGAACCCUAAAAAUUCCAGCAUCAAAAGUCUUCUCAGUGCAGUCAAAGGAAGAGCAAGAGCCUCCUGUUCUGCAGCCAGAGAUAGAAAUUCCCUCCCUAAAACAGAGCUUAACAGGACAAACUUUUCCUAAGAAGAGAGGGAGACCUAAAAGACAGAUCAGAUCAGCUGUUAAAAUGAAACCACCUAUUCUGUCUGUGGCAUCUUUUGUUGCUACAGAUAAUUCAAACAAAAUGGAAUCUGAAAGUGAUCAGCAAUGUAGUGGGGAUUUUUUUGAGAGGAAGGACCAGGUCAGCGGUCCAGAGGAAGCUCAGAAAACUCUGUGUAGCAUGAGAGACGUUGAGGUAGAAUCAGAUAGAAAAGUUACCAAGAGAAGUAAUGGGCAAUUAAUGAAAACAAUUAUCCGAAAAAUAAACAAAAUGAAAACUUUGAAGCGAAAAAAGCUUUUGAAUCAGAUCCUCUCUAGCACAGUGGAGCCAAAUAACAAAGGGAAAGUGCAAUCAAAACUCCACAAUACAGUGUCAACCCUUGCUGCCACGUUUGGUUCAAAAUUAGGCCAACAGAUAAAUGUCAGCAAGAAAGGAACCAUUUACAUAGGAAAGAGAAGAGGGAGGAAACCUAAAGCUGUCCUAAAUGGUAUUUUAACUAGUAAUUCUGCCAGUUUAACUGUUCUUGAGAAUACUACCCAGCAAACAGCGGGGACAAUAUUGGGACAAGUACUUCCUCCUUUGCUCCCUUCAGCAGCUAAUAAUUCAGAGGUUCUUCCAUCUCCAGUGUGCUCUCAGUCUUCUGCAGCAAGUGGGGGGCAGAGCCCUGUCAGCAGUGAUGCAGGAUUUGUUGAGCCCAGUUCAGUACCAUAUUUACAUAUACACUCCAGACAAGGAAGUGUAGUUCAGACCCUUGCAAUGAAAAAAGCCUCCAAAGGAAGGAGGAGAUUAUCUCCUCCUACUUUAUUGCCGAGCUCUCCUUCUCACUUAAGUGAACUGACAUCUCUGAAGGAAGCCACUCCUUCACCAAUUAGUGAGUCUCACAGCGAUGAGACAGUUCCCAGUGACAGUGGAAUAGGAACAGAUAAUAACAGUACUUCAGACCGAGCAGAGAAAUUCUGUGGGCAGAAGAAGAAAAGACAUUCAUUUGAACAUGUUUCCCUCAUUUCCCCUGAAACCUCAACAGUUUUAAGUAGCCUAAAAGAAAAACAUAAACAUAAAUGUAAGCGUAGGGGUCAUGAUUACCUCAGCUACGACAAAAUGAAAAGACAGAAGCGAAAAAGGAAAAAGAAAUAUCCUCAGCUCCGAGGUAGGCAAGACCCUGAUUUUCUUGCUGAGUUAGAGGAACUAAUAAGUCGUUUGAGUGAAAUUAGAAUAACCCACAGAAGUCAUCAUUUUAUACCCCGAGACCUACUGCCUACUAUUUUUAGGAUAAACUUUAAUAGCUUCUAUACUCAUCCAACAUUUCCUUUAGAUCCUUUGCACUACAUUCGAAAACCUGAUUUAAAGAAGAAGAGAGGCAGACCCCCCAAGAUGCGGGAGGCUAUGGCAGAAAUGCCUUUCAUGCAUAGUCUUAGUUUUCCUCUUUCCAGUACUGGAUUCUAUCCCUCUUAUGGCAUGCCUUAUUCUCCUUCUCCCCUUGCAGCUGCUCCAAUAGGAUUAGGUUAUUAUGGAAGGUAUCCUCCAACUCUUUAUCCUCCACCACCUUCUCCUUCUUUUACUACCCCACUGCCACCACCUUCUUACAUGCAUACAGGCCAUUUGCUUCUUAAUCCUGCCAAAUACCACAAGAAGAAGCAUAAGCUUCUACGUCAAGAAGCCUUCCUCACAACUAGCAGGACUCCACUCCUCUCUAUGAGCACCUACCCCAGUGUUCCACCUGAAAUGGCUUAUGGCUGGAUGCUUGAACAUAAACACAGACAUCGUCAUAAACAUAGAGAACAUCGUUCUUCAGAGCAACCACAGAUUUCCAUGGACACUAUAACAGCUAACAGCUCUUCCAGAACAGUCCUGGAAUCCUUGAAGCGCUACAGAUUUGGGAAGGAGGCUAUUGGUGAGAGAUAUAAACAUAAAGAGAAACACAGAUGUCAUAUGUCUUGUCCACACCUUUCACCUUCAAAGGGUUUGCUAAGCAGAGAGGAACAGUGGGUAAGGAGAGAGCCUUUGGAGUCUAAUUCCUUAGCAUUGGGAUUACAGACACCAUUACAGAUAGACUGUUCUGAAAACUCUGCAGGUUUGUCCUUGGGAGGAUUUACCCCUAGCUCUGAGCCAGCUACCAGUGAUGAACACACAAAUCUUUUUACAAGUGCAAUAGGCAGCUGCAGAGUCACUAACUCUACCAGCACUAGUGGACGUAAAAAAUUAACUGAUGGCCCUGGACUCUUCAGUGUACAGGAGACUUCACUCAGCCGACCUCUCAGAAAGGACCCAUUGCCUUCUAUUGAAAAGGCACUACAGCCACUGUCAGGCACCCUGCCAGCACAGGACAAGCCCUCCCAGAGACAGACGGAGAGCACAAAUUGCAGUCCUUCCAGAAAGAGAUCUACUUCUGAGAGCACGUCUUCUACAGUGAUUGGAAUACCCACACGAGGAGCAAAACUGGGGAUUGCUGUAGAUGAUUCAGUGGAUAGUUUACUGCAGCGCAUGGCACAACAUGAUAGCCAGGCUGCACUGGACAAAACCAUAGAAGCUGUCAUUGCAAAUGUAUCUGUUCCACCUUCAGCUAGCCCUGGUCGAAACCACAACAGGGAGAGAGUCCUGGGAAAACAGGACAGUCUGUUAGUUCCAGCAGUUCCAAGUGACUCUUGCAAUGAUGGCAUCUCACUUCUUUCAGACAGAUUACCAAGCAGCUACUCCCCACAUCAUCUGAAGAGAAGUGUGGUUGAAGCUAUGCAGCGACAGGCUAGAAAAAUGUGUAGUUACAACAAGAUUUUGGCAACCAAGAAAAAUCUGGACCAUGUCAAUAAAAUUCUAAAAGCCAAAAAGCUGCAAAGGCAGUCACGGACAGGGAAUAACUUUGUGAAGCGCAAGCCAGGCAGGCCCCGGAAAUACCCACUACAGGCUGUAGUUUCAAUGCAGGCUUUCCAGGCAGCUCGGUUUGUCAGUCAGGAGUUAGAGGGAAGGAAAGAGAGCAACACUUUACACCUUGGACCUGAUACUAUCGCAGAUGUAAUUGAAGCUGUAGUACAGAGUGUGAACUUGAAUGCAGAGCACAGAAAAGGGUGGAAGAGGAAGAGAUGGCUUACAGAGGAACAAGCCAGGAAAAGACAGAAGUCUGUACCAGAAGAUGAGCAGGAGAGUAAUAAAAGCUUUUCUGAGACAUCAACUGAAUCACCCAGUCACCUCAAAGCCAUUGGGAAGGCACAUGAAUCUGAAAACACUGAGCAGCAUUUGCCUACUUUUACCCAGCGUGAGAAAAAGGCUCCUACCCCAAAGAAGAAGUACCAGAAGGCGGGGCUGUACUCUGAUGUGUACAAAACAACAGAAGUUCCCCACUUUAAGUCCUGUGCCAAGUCUUUUGACAGAAAUAACAUUGCUGCCACGCAAGGCUUCAAGUGGGCCCCAACGCCCAAGGAGCCGUCCCUGGACAAGCAAGGGGAAACUGCUCCUUCCCCUGCAGUGCAGUCAUCUUUGUUGUCUCCGGACAAAGUGGUGGCUGGCCCCUUGCAAAUGAAUAGCCCCUCCAACGACUUCAAGGAGAACCAGACCCUGCUCAAAAAGGUGGCUGCCAACCUGAACUUGGAGGUCAAGGAACUAGCAGAGGAGUCAGAUGACCUCUUUAAUGUUAUACCCUCCUCCGCCCCGGCCCAGGUUGCGUUGCCGAUCUACCCAGGGGUCAUUAAAAUGGCCACAUUAAAAUGGCCCUCUUCCAUUCCACCUACCUCCAACAAGGUAGAAAAGAAGUUCUGUGUCCCCGCAAAGAGAUUUGAGUCCCUGUACACCUACCCUCCAGCAGGAUCUCUGGUCGUGUCCACUGUCAAUGAAAGAACAGGCAGGGACAGCUGCAUAAGUUGGAGGAGGAGCAUAGAUGCCUUCCUAGAUGUCAGGCGGGCGCUAGCCUUCUUCAUUGAAAGGACCAAGCCAUUCCGCAAGUUGACGCAAUUGUUCAUCACAGUGGCCAACAGGAUGAAAAGUCGUCCAGUGUCCACUAAAGAAUUUCUUCUUGGAUCACUCCCUGCAUUCAAAGAGAAGCUGGAGUACACUCCUGGAGAGCAUGAACAUGGAUUGUUCCCAGAUCCUAUUCAUGUUGGGAAGUAUCUGAGACAGAAGAGAAUAGACUUCCAGCUGCCCUAUGACAUCCUCUGGCAGUGGAAACAUAAUCAGUUGUACAAAAAGCCAGAUGUCCCACUUUAUAAAAAAAUCCGUUCUAACGUCUAUGUAGAUGUUAAGCCUCUUUCUGGCUAUGAGGCCACCACAUGCAAUUGUAAGAAACCAGAUGAUGGCAAUGGAAAGGGCUGUUUAGAUGACUGUCUUAACAGGAUGAUCUUUGCUGAGUGUUCCCCUAACACUUGCCCUUGUGGUGAACAAUGUUGUAACCAGCGGAUUCAGCGGCAUGAGUGGGUGCAGUGUCUGGAACGAUUCCGUGCUGAAGAGAAAGGAUGGGGAAUUCGUACUAAAGAGCCCCUGAAAGCAGGACAGUUUAUCAUUGAAUAUUUGGGAGAAGUUGUUAGUGAACAAGAAUUCAGGAACCGGAUGAUUGAACAGUAUCAUAAUCACAGCGAUCAUUAUUGUCUGAACUUAGACAGUGGGAUGGUGAUUGACAGCUAUCGCAUGGGCAACGAGGCUCGAUUUAUCAACCACAGCUGUAAUCCUAACUGCGAGAUGCAGAAAUGGUCUGUUAAUGGUGUCUACCGGAUUGGGUUGUACGCACUUAAGGACAUGCCUGCUGGUACUGAACUGACUUACGACUACAAUUUUCACUCAUUUAAUGUUGAAAAACAGCAACUCUGCAAGUGUGGUUUUGACAAAUGCAGAGGAAUAAUUGGGGGCAAGAGUCAGCGAAUGAAUGGACUCUGGCAAAACCACCAGCCUGUAACCACACACAGAAGGCCUGGACGAUCGAAAGAGAAGAGAAAGUCAAAGCACAAACUAAAGAAAGGGAGGGGCCACAUUACAGAGGAGACUAGUGAAAGUGUGAACACGCCAACCAGGUUGACCCCACAGCUUCAGAUGAAGCCGAUGUCCAACAGAGAAAGGAAUUUUGUGCUAAAACGUCAUGUUUUUCUGGUACGGAAUUGGGAGAAGAUUCGGCAAAAACAAGAGGAAGUGAAACAUGUCAGUGACAACAUCCACUCUGCAUCAUUAUAACCGCUGGAAUGGAAUCUGCCGGAUGACGGCAACAUCAAAUCUGAUGUCUUCAUGACCCAGUUCUCAGCCCUCCAAACCUCCCGUUCUGUGCGAACACGGCGCUUGGCUGCAGCUGAAGAGAACAUUGAAGUGGCUCGUGCUGCACGCCUUGCACAAAUCUUCAAGGAGAUCUGUGACAGCAUCAUCUCCUACAAAGACUCUUCCAGGCAGGCUCUUGCAGCUCCACUGCUGAACCUUCCUCCAAAGAAAAAAAAUGCAGAUUACUAUGAGAAGAUCUCUGACCCCUUGGACCUUGCCACUAUUGAGAAGCAGAUCUUGACUGGGUAUUAUAAAACUGUGGAAGCUUUUGAUGGGGACAUGCUGAAGGUCUUCCGGAAUGCUGAGAAAUACUAUGGCAGGAAGUCUCCAAUUGGACGUGACGUGUGCCGACUACGGAAGGCAUAUUACAAUGCUCGCCAUGAAGCUUCUGCCCAGAUCGAUGAGAUUGUGGGGGAGACAGCAAGCGAAGCUGACAGCAGUGAGACGUCCAUCUGUGAGAAGGAGAAUGGGCAUGAGAAAGAUGAGGAUGUAAUCCGCUGCAUCUGUGGCCUUUACAAAGAUGAAGGACUCAUGAUCCAGUGUGACAAGUGCAUGGUUUGGCAGCACUGCGAUUGCAUGGGUGUAAAUUCUGAUGUUGAACACUACUUGUGUGAACAGUGUGACCCUCGAUCUGUGGACAGGGAGGUCCCCAUGAUUCCUCGUCCCCAUUAUGCCCAGCCUGGCUGUGUUUAUUUCAUCUGUCUGUUACGGGAUGACCUGUUGCUGCGCCAAGGUGACUGCGUAUAUCUGAUGAGAGACAGCCGAAGAACUCCAGAUGGGCACCCUGUCCGGCAGUCCUACCGGCUGCUAUCCCACAUUAACAGGGAGAAACUUGAUAUCUUCCGCAUAGAAAAACUUUGGAAAAAUGAAAAAGAGGAGCGGUUUGCAUUUGGUCAUCAUUAUUUCCGUCCACAUGAAACCCACCACUCCCCUUCCCGAAGGUUUUAUCACAAUGAGCUGUUCCGGGUGCCACUGUAUGAGAUUAUCCCCUUAGAGGCUGUGGUGGGGACUUGCUGUGUGCUGGACCUCUACACCUACUGUAAAGGGAGGCCAAAAGGAGUGAAGGAGCAGGAUGUGUAUAUCUGUGAUUACCGCCUUGAUAAAUCAGCCCACCUCUUCUAUAAAAUCCACCGGAAUCGUUAUCCUGUCUGCACCAAGCCGUAUGCCUUUGACCACUUCCCCAAGAAACUCACACCCAAGAGAGACUUCUCACCUCAUUAUGUACCAGACAACUACAAGAGAAAUGGAGGCAGAUCAUCCUGGAAGACAGACCGCUCAAAGCCACAGAUCAAAGACCUGAACCAAGAAGAAGAUCCUCUUCCACUCAUUGAGGAUGUGCUAGCAAGCCAAGAACAAGCUUCAAAUGAGAUGCGUAGCCUGGAAGAGCCAGAGAGAGAGGCAGUCUCUAGUGAAGGCUGUGAGAGUGAUAAAAAGGUGGAGGAAAGUAACUCUGUCACAAGGCAACUGUGCACUCCAGAGGAAAGGCGGCAAUUCAGAGAGAGACUUAAUCAAAUCCUACUCAACCUCUUAGAGAAAAUCCCAGGGAAAAAUGCUAUUGAUGUCACUUACCUGCUGGAGGAAGGAUCAGGAAGAAAAUUGAGGAGGCGUACUCUCACCAUCCUGGAGAGCAGCUUCAGAAAGUGAUGUUCCAGCAACAGACUGUGAUCUGGAGUUCACUACCAGGUCUGCUAGAGACUGACGGGGAAGCCCCCUCCGUUCUGUACACCAACCAAGAAGAGGAGGGUAGAAGAAAACUGACAUAAAUACAGUUAGCACUUAGAAGUCUGAGCAAGCAGGUGGCCCUGUCUUGCUCUGCAGUGCUCUUAUGAUGUGUGUUGUUGGGCGUGCCUUGUAUUGAUGUUAGGUACUGAGAAAACCUUGUGAUUAUUUGUCCAAGAUGGUCAGAUUAAUUUAUUUUUGCUUAAUGUCCCCACUUGAAGGGAAAAAGGGGAGGUAAAUAGAAGGAUGAGGACUGAUUUACUCUGAUGAGAAUAUUCCCCAUACAGACCAGUUGUCCUAUGAUUGUACAAGGUAUCGUUGGCACUGCCAGUGGUGUGUACCAACGUAUGAAGUCCGUAGGGAGGGUGAAGGCCCAGUGGAUUUAAAAUAAAGGCUGCCCUGAAGGAGCGGCUUCUGAUUUGCACAAGUUCAGAGAGGAAAGAAAUGUACCAGGAUGUAUAAAAGGUUCACCGUGAAACGGCCAGUGCCCAGAUGCUUCUUUGAUAUGUAGAGAGGAAAAUCCCCCAGUCAGCUCAGAGUGAAACGAGAGUUGGUUGUUUGAAGCACUUGUUGUUCCACAUCCUGAAAUGGGGGUGUGUAAUUUUUCACAUUUUUUCUGCAGAUAAAUUUUAUAAAGCGAGUCGAAUCCUGACGACGCCAUUGCUGUUGGUUUUUUUUGAUAAGCUGUGGUUCUUGUGUGUCCAAUGUGUUGUGCAAAUUAAAUCUGUUAAAAGAAAAAAACGAAACCUUCACUACAUGAACCGUCAAGCAGUAUUCAGAGCGAGUAUUUGUUGUGAACUGUAGAAUAUAUCAAAUAAUAACACUAUUCUUGUGUUCUAACUGUACAGCUUAAAACGUCUGUCUCUUAAAGAGACAGUGUAUUUUACCACUCCCUCUCUCUGCCGUUAUGAAAGUAUUGCUGCCAAAGACUACAGCCAAGGCGCUAACUUUUCACUGCAUGAAAUUGUGAUUGCCAUAGUUUGCCAUAAACUAGUGCUGUACUGGGAUCCCCUGUAUUUCAACAUGUAAUCUUCUCCAAUAGCCAGUGCCAGGAAGCUGUCAUCUGUCUCUGGGUCAGGCCCUGCUAGUGGCAAAGGGAGGGGGCAGUAGGCAUACACUGCCCCUUUAAAAUAGCUUUGCUUUUUUGUCUUUCAGGCGUACAUAUGCAUAUACAGUCCUGUUUUAGAUGUUCUUAUAAGAAAAAACAGUUUUUAAUGUGCCAAGUUGUAUAUAUCUGCUGCGUGGAUGUAAAGCAAUACGGUAGUUACAUGUUCCUUUUUAAUGGACCAAGCUUGUCCUAAUGUACAUUCUUGUUAUUAUUAUAAUUAUUAUUUUACUCUUAGUGGAACAUGACUCAUUCCAUUAACUUUUAUGUGUUGAUUUAAAAAGAAAAAAAGAAAGGAAAAACCCUUUGAGGAAAAAAAUAUUUUAUUAAAAAAGAAAUAAGAAAAUAGUUUGGAAUAUUUUCUUACUGUAGAGAAGCACUGUACAGUACCAGGAACCCUGAGUAUAAAAUACUCGUGCGUGUAGUAGGAAUAUCGCAUGUCCAAAAUUUUGGGUUGUCUCAUUUAGUUAAUAACAGAAAUCAUUGUCUCAAACGGUGUUAAACACUAAAAACUUUUUAAAAAAUAAAGUGCGUACAGAAGCAAGACACUAGCUCUGUCAUUUUAUCUUUCUUUUGUUGAAAGACUAAACAAAAUGUUUUUUAGACAAUCAAAUGUUAGGUAAGUGCAAAGAAUUGUUUUUCUUACUGGUGUAGAAAUUAAUGACUUUUUUUAUUUUUUGGUUAUUUUAUAAUAAUGAGAAGACCAGUGUGUCACCAGGAUCGCUGUUUUAAGACCAGGAAGCACUACAUUAUUGCAAAUAGAUAUGAACUCUUAGUCUGCAUGGGUGUAGGCUGUGUGAUUGCUGAAAAUAAAUGCUGCUAAUAUAUUUCCUUUUUACAAAAGCAUAUCUAAAUAGAUCAUUGUUUUGAUGUUAAUCUUUGUAAAUUAUGUAUUACCAAUUUUAACAUUGGAUGUAAUUGCAUAAAAGCCUGCAUCUCAAUCCUGAGAGAGUCUAGUAUUAAAUGGAAAAACUUUUCCUAUU